AAGUUUUACUGACCGUGAGUACAUUUUACUAAAGAAAGGAAGAAAAGAGAAAUAUCCUCACCAUUUUCCCCAUUCGUUGGGAGUCAGGACGAGGGAGGGACCCUGACGAUGUCGGUGCCGGAGGCGGGGCAAUCGGCGGGGAGGGACGAGCAGGAGAUGGACAAUUACGAGCAGCACCAGACCAGAGUGCUCAUGGCGCUGAUGCAGGGCUUGUGCGCCGCGAGGUACCGCAAGGCCGACAACACCCCCUGCCUCGUCGACCAGGGCCUCUACCUGGGUUCUGUUGGAGCAGCACUGAACAACGAGGCUCUGAAGAGCUUGAACAUCACCCACAUCUUGGUUGUUGCCAGAUCACUGAAUCCCGCCUUUCCAGCAGAAUUUACAUACAAGAAGAUCGAGGUACUUGACAGCCCAGACACUGAUUUGGGAAAGCAUUUCGGUGAAUGCUUUACUUUCAUAGAUGAGGGUACCUGCACUGGUGGCAAUGUGCUGGUUCACUGCUUUGCAGGUCGGUCACGAAGUGUCACAGUUGUUCUUGCAUAUCUUAUGAAGAAGCAUCAGAUGAGCCUGCAAAGUGCCAUGUCACUAGUUAGAAGCAAACGACCUCAAAUAGCACCCAAUGCGGGCUUUAUAUCCCAGCUGGUGAACUUUGAGAAGUCUCUGCAAGUGGAGCAGGGACAAAGAACGUUGCAAUCUAACUAACUACAGGUGUAAAUAUCAAGAACCCGCUGUGAAUAGCUUCCUUACUGCAUGUUAUCACCUCCAGAAAUCAAACAGGGCCGUUGCAACUGGUAUGAGUUCCAGCCAUCUUAUUAUGCUCAUUUCCUAAUUGAUUCUGUGAUGUUCUAGGGUAAUUUUUAGCCCAGGGAAUCAGCGCUACAAGAAUGCAGAUGAUACAGCAGUCUCCCCUGUAAUAAAUGUUCCCUGUAAUGCAGAUGAUACCUUUGCCCUCUUCAUUUAGGGCCUGUUUGAAUCACGGGGAAUUUUCCUGUCGACCUGUUCCAUUUUGAUGCUCAAUGCUCUUCAGCAGCAGCAGCCUUCUGUAAUGAAAGAUGUGUAUGUAUGAUCUUUGAAAAAAAAUUGGUAUGGUGGUUGUGUGACAUGAAUUAGCUUC